GCAAGACCUCUCUCUCGCUCCUAUAAAACCUUACCAUUUUUGACCGUUGCAAAUCUUCCUCCACACAAAACCCCAACAAAGCCCGCUUUGCUUACAGAAGAGAGGCCUUUCUCAGUUCCGCUUGUCGAUCUCGAUAGGGAACCCACUAUUAUCCCUCUGAAACCCAGGAUCUCAAAGAAAGCGAAAAGAUCAAAGACGACCCUGAAAUGGAUUCACCACAACCAAGAAAACCCGGGCUCAAUCUCCCGUCUGGGAUGUCCGAGACAUCGCUGCGCCUCGAGACAUUUUCGGAUUCUUUUCGUGCAGUGCCGAACCUGGGAUCGCCUCGAACGAUAUCAAACUUGUCGUCGCCCUCGAAAUCUUCGACGUGUAGUGACAGAUUCAUACCCUGCAGAUCGUCAUCGAGGCUUCACACUUUCGGGCUAAUCGAGAAGGCGUCGCCAGCUAAAGAAGGGGGAAACGAGUCGUAUUCGAGGUUGUUGAGAAUGGAACUUUUCGGGUCUGAUUUUGGGUCUUUUUCUCCUGCAGGUCCAGGGUCGCCCAUGAGUCCCAGCAAGAAUAUGCUGAGGUUCAAGACCGAGAGCUCGGGGCCGAGUUCGCCGUACUCUCCAUCAAUUUUAGGUCAUGAUAGUGGGUUCUCUUCCGAGACUUCGACUCCUCCCAAGCCACCUCGCAAGGUCCCCAAGACUCCCCAUAAGGUUCUAGAUGCCCCAUCACUUCAAGAUGACUUUUACUUGAACCUAGUGGAUUGGUCCUCUCAAAAUGUCCUUGCAGUUGGAUUAGGCACCUGUGUUUAUCUGUGGAGUGCUUCAAACAGCAAGGUGACGAAGUUGUGUGACUUGGGACCUCAUGACGGUGUGUGUUCAGUACAAUGGACCCGAGAGGGUUCAUACAUAUCAAUUGGUACAAAUGUUGGUCAAGUUCAGGUCUGGGAUGGGACUCAGUGCAAGAAAGUUCGAACCAUGGCAGGGCAUCAAACAAGAACUGGAGUCCUGGCAUGGAAUUCACGCAUAUUAGCUUCUGGAAGCAGGGACCGCAACAUACUUCAACACGAUCUUCGGGUUCCAACUGACUUUGUUAGCAAGCUAGUUGGUCACAAGUCUGAGGUAUGUGGGCUAAAAUGGUCCAAUGAUGACAGGGAACUUGCAUCUGGUGGCAAUGAUAAUCAGCUACUGGUCUGGAACCAACAUUCUCAGCGACCAGCUUUGAGACUGACAGAGCACACAGCUGCCGUCAAGGCCAUUGCUUGGUCACCCCACCAAACUGGCCUUCUUGCAUCUGGAGGUGGAACAGCAGAUCGAUGUAUUCGCUUCUGGAACACCACCAACGGCCACCAAUUGAACAGUAUUGACACGGGGAGCCAGGUUUGCAAUCUUGCGUGGAGUAAAAAUGUGAAUGAAGUAGUAAGCACUCAUGGGUAUUCCCAGAAUCAAAUUAUGGUGUGGAAGUAUCCAUCACUGUCAAAGGUUGCAACUCUAACUGGACAUAGCAUGCGAGUACUCUACCUUGCAGUAUCACCUGAUGGUCAGACAAUAGUUACUGGAGCGGGAGAUGAAACUCUCAGAUUUUGGAACGUCUUCCCAUCUAUGAAAACGACACCAGUUAAAGAUACAGGUCUUUGGUCACUAGGACGAACCUUUAUACGAUGAGAGACUCUUUGCACAUAUGAAGCUAAAUAUUUUGCUCACAUAGUGGAAAAAGGAAGUGUUAAUUUAUUUUGUAUAUGAUAAUGUAAUUUUAUAAUUAGCCACGGAUUUGCUAUUUAUUUUUUCCUCCUUUUUUUU